AUGAUUAGUAUUAAGGUUAUUUCACCUAAAUUAAAGAAUGCAAAGCAUAAAGCAAAUUUGAGUUAACCUUCAAUAACUAAAUAUAAUAAUUUAAACAGCUUCAAUGAUUAUUUUAGAGGUCAAAGAAUUUAUGAAAAAGGUUAGCGGCAUCAUUAAAGGAUAAGUAUUAAUGAUAGUAGAUGUAAAACAGAUUCUCGUUUAUUUGAGAAUUAUUCAAGUAGUACAAAGAGACUUUCAAUGCAAUCAUCUACUUUAUGCUUAUCUAAUACAAAAUCAUAGAGUACAAGUCCAAAAACUACAAUAAAUGUAAGUUCAACAUUGAAUUAAAAUUCCUAAAUAAAAGUAAACAUCAAAUCUCCAAAGAAACAGAAACAUAAGCAAAGUUUAGACUAAACAGUUCCCAUAUCAAAUGAUUUUAAAAACAAGUUUGAUGCGUUAUUUUUAAAAACAAAAACAUUGAUUUAGCAUUUCAAAUAAAGAGAAUAAUAAUUUAUUAAAAGAGAAAAGGAAUUGAAUCAAGAAAUCUUAAAAUUAAAAACAAGAAUAGAAAUGUAAAAUAGACUUUUAAUUAGUUAUAACAUACCUCAUACAAAAUUUUGA